AUGAUCACCGCGAAAAAAAUCGUUCAUAUGGCCAAGAAAUGGCGGAAAAUUGCGGCCCUCCAAAGCAAGAGAAUCCCGUUUCCAAGAAACGGUAGUUUUGCAAUCUACACCGUUGAUCAGAGGAGAUUUGUGGUUCCGUUAGCUUAUCUUGAAAAUUCAAUAUUCAGACAGCUUCUGAAGAUGUCCGAAGAGGAAUACGGGCUUCCAAGUGACGGGCCUAUAGUAUUACCGUGCGAUUCACUCUUCAUGGACUACGCCAUUUGCUUGAUCAGACAAGGCCGAGGUCUGGAUCAUUUCCAAGAAGCUUCUAGAAGCCCAUGCUCCUUGUCACGCUUAUACGAAGGGCAGAUGAAUCACCAGUUGCUUAUACAUUGA